AUGGUCUUUGACCCUUACCAUCCACUUAAGAGGGAGUUCUUGCGAGAAUAUUCAACAACUUUCGAUGGGAACAGAUGGGGAUACAACAGUCCUUACCUGGUCACCAGAGUUAUCAAGAGGUUAGGACACAAGCCUGAGUAUAACCUCACAAUCUUUCCUCUGGAUGCUUUCUAUCCACUGAACUGGCUUGACAUCCCAAGGCUUUUCAAGAAACCAAACACCACUGGAGAAGCAACAUGGGUGGAGAAGACAGUUCAAGAUAUGAACAAAGGGAGUUUACAUGGUGCAUCUUUGGAUAAAAGUGACAAGAAAUAUUGA